AAUUAUAUUUUUUUUAUUAUUACAAAGAGCAGUUUUUUACCAAAAUUCUUUCUCUGCGAUUUUUUUUAUAAAGACACAUCUCUACUUUAUUCGGCUCAAGAAAAUGUCUUUCAGAUUAUUUCUCUUUUUCUAAAAUGACCUUUAAAAACAUUUUACAAAAAAUCCCUAUAGACGAUUUGUUAAGGGACAACCCGGCGUCUCCAUUGCUGAUUCUUUCAUUUUCUUUGAAAUUACAUACAGUGAAUGACUUGCAGAACGACCUUUUCAAUUUUCCCAUGUAAAUCUACAUUAGGACUUUUCCGAGACGAACUUUUCCGGAGUUUGUUUUAAUAUUGUUUCGAAGUAAAAAAAACUCAAAAAGUCGUUAAGUGAAGCAUUAAAAGAUAUACUUUUCUUUCUUCAAAAAACAUUUUAUUAAACAAGAAAAACAUGCUUUCAUAGCAUAACACGUUGAGCUGGAAGAACAUGAAUUACAUAAAUGGCAUAAUAUGUGUGACCUCAUAGACAGGUUAACCCAGAUCUUCCAUCUGAGGGCCGCACAACUCUGUGGUUGAAGUUUCACAGAGAGUGGUAGCCGAUGUGUCGUCAUGAGCUCCACUCUCUCUCUCGCGCUGCCACGGAAUUCGUGUCAGGCGUACCGAGUGUGUGUGAAUGGGAUGGUGCUCAUGGGGCUGCUGUGCGGACAAGAGGGAUGGCAUGCGGUGCGAGAGUGAACGACGGCGGAAGAGCGAGUCUCACAUGGCUCACACUGGGAGCUCUCGGUUAUGCUUGGGCUGUCAGCGAGAGCUCCCACAGUCUCAGCUCGACCUGGCCAAGAGUAGAAGGCAUAAAGUCGGUAGCGGUGUCGCGUCGUGAGAUCUUUUUAACUCUUUUUUUCUCCUCUUGGUGGUAUUUUGCCCUCCACAUCUGCGUGACUGGAGGCUGCCAAGAAAGUCGCGUGCUUGACACUAGGAUUUUGCACAUUGCACGUAAAGGGUGUCCGGAAAACCCUUCACGUUCACCCGGAAAUUUGUUGUACAUUUUCUUCCCCCCUCGGACAGUUUGUGUGGGGAGAGAUAUCCAGGAGUUUUCUCUGUGUGUGGUGUGGUCUCUCUUUCUACAGACCACCGUACAAUCAUCCUACUCUUUCCAUCUUCUCUGCCUCUCCCGUCGUGUUCGCUCUCCGUGUGUAUUGGGGCUCCGGAAAAAGAAAACUUCACCGCACACAGUGAUACGUCCGGGAAAGAAAUUCGGAGUGCGCCGAAUGGGGGGAAAAUUGCCAUAUAAAUCACUUUCUUGUACAUAGUGUACCUCCUAACUCCAUCUCGGGUGCUUCGUGAUGCAAAAAAAGGCAUGGCUAGGCCAGCCGCGUGAGUGAAUAGAGCAAGGUGAACACGCACAGACUGAACGUGUGGCGGUGUGGGCCCCUACUGUGUCCGACCUAAAAAAGAAAAAUAAAACGAGUGAUGUGCUAAGAGGUGGACUUGGAUGCUAAGUGAACCCCAAAAAAUUGCACACACUCUCAAACAUACACACAAACCAACAAACACACCUACAGAGUGUCUCUUUAAUUUACCUUUUUUUAUGUAAGACCUGUAUGGGCCAAUUACCUGACUGUGGGCCACAUACAGUCGCGGAGGAGAACUCCUGCUUGUGAGAAAGUGUCAUAGACCACGGUCCGGGUUUGGGCUUAUUGCGAGACACCGGAGCCAGUCAGUGACAUUUGGCCACGCGGACAAGUCACAGAAGUUGGGCAGAAAUUGCCGUCGCCGCCAUAUCCCAAACUAAAUGCAAAAUGACCCACUAAAGCGCCCCCAACAUUUCACUGUUCGCCCAGAUGGCCACAGCCGUGUGGCCCCGUAGUCUCCAACUACAAUUCACGACGACAGUGUGUCAGAAAGUAGACUUAUUGUAGAGAACGUGCGCUUAGCAAGAAGACCACAAAAGAGAAUCCUCUCUGUGUGAGACAUUGAGACGGAGGAUGGGUGCGAAGUGAUCGAAAAAGCCAAAAAAAAGAAAUAAAAACAAUAUUCCAGGCAGAGUGUUGUUAAAUUACGGUUUCCGUGUACUUGUGCAGAUUUCACGAAGAACCCUUUCCCAUCGUGAUAAAAAAAAUUAAAAGAAAAGAAAAGAAAGAAAACAUUGAAUAGAGAUUUGCCCCCCAAAUGUGCCCAAUUUUGUAAACAAAGUGCAGGCAUUUGGCCCCCGUGAUUCGGCGUGAGGGUGUCCCCAAGUGCUGUUUGCGAGGUGCUAAAGAGAUCGCCACGGUGGCCGCUUCGAAGGGGUCUCGGGGGGCCUCCGCGGGCUGCCUUGGCGCCACACAGGACACCACCGGCGGCGAAUCUCCCCGUCAGGGCUCCACAGAUGGCCAAAUGCAGCGAUGUGGCCUCUGCUCCCUGCUGUCGCGCCUCCUGAGGCGCGCCAUGUGCGUCGGUUCGCGCCGCGGAAGUGGCGAAUCCUACUACCAGGAGCUAGAGACCACUAAAUGUGAACGAGACGAAGUCAAUGGAAGUUUGGCACCCGAUGUGGCCACAAUGGAGACAACAGAUAGCUCAAUCUACAUCCGCCUAAUUCGCAUUCUCUUCUCGGCGACAGCAGCAUCACGUCGGAUGUCUGAUUCGGAUAAAGAUCGUCCUCUCCUGGAAGCCCUAAUCAGUGGUGACGAUCAACCACCACCGAAAAUUGAAGAGAGCCCACGCAGGAGGCAUGCCUGCAACGGACGCUUCCUCACGAUGCACAAAAGACGCCGUAAGAAGCUGACGACACGAAGUUUAGUGCAGGAUGUCGCCAUUUUGGAUGAUAUCCUCCACGGCCAAGUCCAGUGCAUCCUCAAUCAAGUUGGGAAUUGGCGUUUUAACGCUUUUACCCUCGAAACGGUCACUGGAGGACGAUCACUGCCUGUUCUAUGUGUUCACUUGUUCCAUUGGUACGGCCUAUUGGACCACUUCAACUUAGAUGUAGUUAGGUUAUGGAAAUUAUUCACGCUGAUCGAGGAGGGCUACCACAGCACCAAUCCAUACCACAACGCCAUUCAUGCUACGGACGUCACACAGGCCAUGCAUUGCUUCCUGCAGGAACGACAAAUCCUGGAACAUUUGGAACCAUUGGAGAUCAUGGCAUCCCUCAUUGGUGCCGUAACACACGAUCUCGAUCAUCCGGGCGUCAAUCAGCCCUUCCUCAUUGCCACCUCCAAUCAUUUGGCUGCACUGUAUGAGAAUACGAGUGUUCUGGAGAACCACCACUGGCGCUCGGCGGUUGGUUGUCUCCUGGAGAGUGGUGUAGCUGAACAAAUUCAGCACAUUCGACCUGAAGUCGAGCGUCAAAUAAGCUCUCUAAUCCUCGCCACCGACAUCACGCGUCAACAGGAAUUCCUCACGAAAUUCCGCAAUUUCCUCAAUACAUCAACGUUGGAUAUGAGACAGGCAGAGCACAGGGAAUUCAUUCUGCAGAUUGCCCUCAAAUGUGCUGACAUCUGCAACCCCUGUCGUCCGUGGGAUGUUAGCAAGAAGUGGAGUCAGAAGGUUUGCGAGGAGUUCUUCCGACAGGGUGACUACGAGCGACAACUCAAUCUGCCUGUUACAUCGCUCUGUGAUCGUUUCUCUACAACAGUGCCCAAGAUUCAGGUGGGCUUCAUUAAAUUCGUCGUGACGCCCCUGUUUGAUGAGUGGCAUCGAUUCCUGAACACAGAUCUAUCAACGCGAAUGAUGAACUUCCUGAAAUACAAUCAAGUUCAGUGGGAAUCUCGUAUGGCAGCAGAACUAGCUGAAGAGACCCGAACGGAGAUCAGUGAUGCCGAACUCCUUGAAGAGGAUGAAGAUGAGGAGGAUGUUCAGGAGCAAAUAGAAGCAGCACAGGCACAAGUUGAGGAAGAACCGUGCAUUGAACUGUCAGACAGCAGUGAAGUUCUCAUCCCAACAACAUCAUUUAAACUUCCACGACGGAGCUCAUUGCAGGUCCCACGGCUGACGCAUUCACGUCACGACAGACGUCAUUCAAUGCCCGUCAAUGCACCCCGGAUUGUGUUGCCAUCGAAGGAGCGUGCAUCCGGGAGUACAAUUCAGGAGGAUGUGGAGACACGCUUCGACGACAGCUUCUCCCUCCUUUCGUCUGAUAGUGAUUCCGGCCCCAGGGCCAGGUCCUCGGGGGAGAGUGUGCCAGAUCGUGAACGUCCCCUGAGUGCUGAAACUCUCGUUCCGGAUCUCAGCAUUGCCACCAUGACGGACAGCAUUUGCGCCAAUCGGCUCAAUCUCGUAAUGCACGGCGGGAGCGUUGGCAAUACGAGCAUAAUGCCCAGUUCUGCUGCCUCCGCUUCCAAGCAACUUGUUCGGCAGCAAACUUUCCCACCGCUUCAGCCCUACAUCCGUGCAAGGUACAUGUCAACAACAGCCGAACUUGGUGGUUGUGCUGAAACACUCGCUGAGAGUCGUUCAAGCUCGUCCGAAUCGCAAGGGGAUGAGCAACGUGGGGUGCUGAUAAGCAAAAAGGAGAGCUUCAAACGAUCUGAUCAGGAUUUUGCACCACACGGUAGUAGUAAGAUAGCCAAGUUAGCCAUUGUACCGGGGCAGAAGGAGAAUCUCGAUCCCACCAUUCUACGGAGAACUCUCAAUCGUCGCCGUGGAUCAGCACCUGUAGCCACUGUUGGGGUAUCAUCACGUGCUCCGGAUACAGUACCGCCUGUUAAGGAGCCCGUCACCCUUGUCAUACGCUCAUGUGGUGAUCAUCUCGUCAGACGUGGCUCAAUGCCGGCGGAAGCGAUCAAAAUAACCUUUAUGCGCCUACGAGGCCUACGAUCGUCCAUGAAAUUUCGCACAGAAACCCAUACGUGUGUCCUUGCAGCCUCAGUCGACGUGGGUAGUCAGUCGGACAAUGGCAGUGCAGCCGCCAGUGCAGCUCCCACCAUGUCGUCCAUUCAGCGACGCAGCUCAAUGCCGUGUGAGAAUCUCGCAGCCCUGGGACGGAGCAAUGGGAAGCAGCGUAGCCGCAAGAAGCUCCUGAGGCGACGCUCAUCGGGUGGUGCUGAGAUUCUCAGUCCCAUCCUCACGGAGGAGGCAACAACGAGCAGCAGUGGCGGCGGCGGUGGCUCUGCGUGGUUUCGCUUCAAGCGCGACAUUACGCGAAGUCGCACAGAUCAGGAUGCUCUGCUCUCACGACGUCGUGGCUCCCUGCCCGUUGAGGUGCUCGCAGUGGGAUUGUCUGGUACAAUGCGCCACUGAAAGAGGAUGAUCAUUUUGUAGGGUGGCGAUGAAUCUGCUGAGAGGCACCGCAAAAACGAAAGCUCCGCAGAAAUGCAAUUAUUCUGUCAGUCCGAGCGAGAUAUCAAUUAGCAAGAGAGAAAGGAAUUUUCCUCCGCCAAAAGGGCUGGUCCCUUUAAGAAAGUGCUGAGGAGGCAAACAGAAAGGAAUUUAAAAGGAGCAAAUGCGGGCAAAAGGUAAAUGAAAGAAAAGAAAUUAAUGUUACUGUAGAAGCAAACAAAAAACUUAUCUCUUAAUCCCAAAAAAAAAAGAAAAUUCAUCGUGGUUUAGCUUGUAAGUGGUCAGAGAGUUAUUGUGUAAAAAAAAUAUUUCAAAGAUGAAAGAAAAAUAGUUAAUUCACGCAGAAGACAUUUUAGCACCUCCGGGGAUUUUUUUUCUGACUUAGAAGCCUUUAUAAGAAAAGAAUUUUAAAAAAAAAUUGAGGAUUUUCCUCCUGAAGAAAUAGCUCCCAAGUCUGGUUGUUGAGAAAGCUCAAAGAGAAUUAAUUCUUUUUUUCUUCUGUUUAAACAAAUCCCCGGGUAUGGUGAAAGCACACAGUUAGUUAUUAAUAAUUUUAUAGUCAAGAACCUUUUUUUGGGUGAACUUUACAAAUUGAAAAAAAAAUAUUAAUUAAAUAUUAAAUGGAAUCAUGCGGAAUUUUUGCAAAUGGACCGAAAGAUAAAAAAAACAAGAAGUUUCUCAUUAAAAAUACGUGAAAGACAAUCCUAAAAAAAACACAAAAAAAAUGUUCAGACGAGAGCGGGUUUUUCUUUCGUUUAGGAGCAAAUAUAAAAUUUAAAAUAAAUUUAAAAAAAAUGAAACUAAUUAAUAUUAAAGAAGGAAAAGCUUUAUCGCAGGAGAAAAGCAAGAAAAAAAGUGAAUUUGUAAAAUAGAUAAAAUGGAUGAAAAGAUAUCUUCUCGUGGCAGCGAAGGAAGAGAAGAAGAAGAAAAAAUCAUUUUCAUCUUCCUCGAACAUCACCAGAAGCCACGGAGAUAUAUUUAAAAGAAAAAAAAAGAAGGAAUAAUAAUAAAAAUUAAUGGAAAUUGUGUGAGAAAAAAAUAAAACCUUCCGCAGGCAGACACGCAUGUUUCACACACAAGCCCCGCGUUUAGAAUCAUGUUCUCGCAAAGGAUUGCAAUGUGUUGUGUUAAUAAAAUGAUUGUUUUAGCAAAUUAAUCCGAGAGGUGUUUUGAAAGUGAGUAAAUUGCGUGCGCAUUUCGCAAAGUAGUUGAGAACAAGCAAAAAUAAGACAUUGAUACUCUGUGAGAGAGAAAACACUUUAUUUUAAAAGAUGAAAACGUGUGGAUGAAUUAAAAAUUUAACACGAGAUUAUUGUACCUUCGCUAUUAGAAUUCUUUGCAAAUUAACCUCUUUAGAGAGGAAAGAAAAACACGGUGUGAGAUGAAUGAAAAAAAAACAACCCUCGCGUCUCUUCCAUUUAAUCAAUUAAAAUGUGAGAACAUUAGAUUGUGUGCUAACUAAUUAAAUCCCUAGCUUACCCCAUACUCCCUUAAAGAGAACACCUCCCGCCAGGACAUGAGCCCAGAGAGAGCUUCCCUCAGAAAUAAAACAAGAUAUCCUUCUGCCUCAUUUUCAUUGAGAUUUAUGCGCCAAUCUUCCAUUUGGACGCAAUAUUUCUUCCCAUUUUUGUUCUCACCCUCAGCCGGGUCAAAAGAAAAAAGAACUUUGGCUUUUUAUUGCGCGCGAAAGGAGAAGAGGAUUCUCACUCAGAAAAAAAGGUUCUUUCCUCAACAUUCUGCGAAUUUAUUCUUUCAAAGCUAUCGCCACAUUGUCUACCAUUUUAUUCUCUACGCCACGUAAUCAAUACCAUACCUUUAUUCGGUAUUGAUGGAAGAUUUUAAUUUAUUUUGCAAAUAUUUAAGUUUUAGGGGAGCCUGGGGGAAAAUUGAUAUAAACAAGAUAUUUAGAAAAUCUCUGUAAAAUGAAUUAUUACAAUGAGAUAAAUUAACAAGGGGAGUUUAUCUGAAUAGGAAUCUUUGGAUCUCCGGAUUAUUCACCAAGAUUCGGAUGAUUUGUUAAGAUUCGCCAAAAAUAUCUAUAGAUUAGCCAGAUAAACACCCCUUGUAAAUUAAUUUAUGAAGAUUCAAGGAAGCAGUUAAGUUACAUUUCAGAGAUCCUAAAAGAAUGUUUUUCUGUUAAAAAAAAAUCCAAAAAUUCGUAUUUUAUGAGAAUUAUUCCGAAACAAUCAGAAUUUUUCGAAAUUCCUCCCCAAAAUUAAGAAUAUUUGCCAUUCAGAUUAUUCGUUAAUUUUUAAAAUGGUCCAAUAUUCGAAAUAUAUUUCUCAAUAAUCAAAUUACUUUGAAAAUAUUUGGUUUAUAUUUGUAAAAUAUUCAGAUUAGUCCAAAAUGUUGGAAUUCAUUUUGAAUAUUUGUAAAUGUUUGGGAAAUAUAUCAAAAAUAUUCAAAUGAAAAAAAAAAAACCCAAAAUGAACUGAUUUGGAGCUUUUCCCCAAAGAGAAGCUUUUACCACAUAUUUCUACUAAUUUUCCUCACUCCCGUUUAGCCUGAAAGAAGAAUUUUUAACAAGAAAACAUUCAGAAAAUAAGUAGGUAGUAGAAAAUAAAUCGAAAUUUUCAUUUAUUUUGAAUACAUAACCCAUUUUUGCACAAAUUCCUGGAAUUUUCAAUUGAUUUCUUUGAAAAGCUUCCAUACAAUUUCCUUCUUAGAGUUUUCUCAAUUUUUUUACUCGACAAAUUGUAGGAAUUUUUAAAAUAAUUUUCCAAAAUUUCUUUUAUAGAUUUUCUUCGCGAAAUUUUAUUUUAGGAUUUUUCAAUUAAAAAUUCCUAUCGGUUUCUUACCACGAAGUUUUUAAUUAAAAAAAAGAAAUUCUGUAUUUACCUAAAUGAAGAGAAAAAUAUCCAAAAAAACGGUUGUAAUUUGCAAUUGAAAACAAAUUGAAAUCCAAUAUUCUCCCAUUCAAAAAAAUAAA